AUGCCUCCCCGCGGUUCCUCGACAGCAAUCAACCCAGUCCGCCUACAGACCGUGUCGCGGUUAAAAAUCAGACACCCGGACAAGCAGGAACCGAACCCGUGCCUGGGGCCCAUGACUGCGAUGUUGAAUUGCUGGGCCGCGGGUGCCGCUUCAGGAGGUUGCGGACACCUUGAGAAAGCUCUACGAGACUGCAUGGAUGCACCUAAACCCCCACCGAAAGGCAAAUCCACGAUAAACCAUCAUCUAGGCCGCUUAUACCCAAUGAUCUCUGGACCAAAAAAGAAGACUUGA